AUGAACGCGACGAAGCGCAAGUUUAAGGAUUUGCUUCAAGGUCUAAGCAGCCCUGGCCCAACUUCGCCCGACAAAGAAGCCGACAAGAUGAGCAGUAGUCCUCGAUAUGGCACCGGUACGGCAAGCAAUGAUACGAUUCUUCAGAAACGAAGGCGACUAGGAUUUCCCGAAUCGAUGACUCCUACGCUAUAUAGCCCAUCGCACACCACCACAUUUUCCAAUGUGGUGCUCAGGAAAUCUAGUUCGCAACUAAAUAGCAAGGCAACGAGCCAUGGUCCAGCCAAAUACUGCCCCGGGGACAGAGACGAGUUGCUCAAACGGUUGGCAACAUUCCAGGAAAUCACGGAUUGGACACCAAAGCCUGACAAGGUCAACGAAAUAGAAUGGGCGAAACGAGGAUGGAUAUGUCAGGGGAAGGAGAAGGUUCGAUGUGUAUUAUGCCACAAAGAGCUUGUGGUGAAGCUGAAUCGGAAGGAAGAGGAGGGUAAAGAGGUGCCGGUAUUGGUAUCUUCUGAGAUCGAUGAAGUUGACAUCGACAAUGUCCUCUCUCAACUUCCGCCCGACUUCUUUUCCGAGCCCCCGCCGGUUGUCGACAAGUCUGGAGCAGUUGCCACCGACAAGCCGCCCAACCGAACUGCGCUGGCGCUGGCAUUGAUGGGAUGGCAGGGUCUUACAAAUUCGCGGAUAGGACCGGUGCCCAACUCAGCAUCGUGCCACACCUGCUUGCGAAGGUUAGGGCUAUGGAUGUUUAAAAGCAAGGAAGUCGAUGAAGUGGGCCAAGUUGUGGUGCCGGCCCCAAUGGAUCACUUGGAUCCGCUCCGAGAACACCGUUUCUUUUGCCCUUGGAAGAAUCCGCAAGCUCAAAGUCGAGGUGGUGUUAUGUCUAAUGGAAAGGACAGUAUGGCAGGCUGGAGAACCUUGGUCCAGACUAUAAAGAACGAAUCAGACUUGCGAAACCUUUACAGCGGGAAAUCAAAAAGAACAGGACAGUUGCAGGAACAGAGGCUAGCGUCACCAAGCCCUGUGAGGGGAAUGCCUGGCACGCCUGGGUCGCCCAGCCCAAUCACUCCUGGUCCGAAGAUGAAUAUUGAUGCGUCAUCAACGGGGACACCCCAGACAGAUGCCGGUGAUGACGAGGAGAAGACUCGAGAAGCAAAGGACAAGGAGCGGUGGGCAAGGUUGAGAAAGGUGAAGAGCUUGUUCGACACCAAAGGUUCAAGAAAGUUUCGGCGGGAGUUGGGUCGACCUGGCACCGGCCACUCCAACAAGUCCACGACGGGGACAUGA